GCUAUGCAUAUUAUCAAUAUUGCUAUGUACAGCAGCAUUGUCAUCCGAUCUUUUUACUUCAUGUAUAACUACGAUUCGGUUGAGUAUUUAAUGGCUCGCAUGAAUAUGGUGAUGAAAGAGAGCGGAAGUUUUGCAUUUGAUAAGUAUACCAUGAAAAGGGGACGUCGCUUAGCUGAUAUGGCGCUCUUGGUAUGGCAGGGCUUUGUUUGGGGAUGUGGACUAUUGUUCUCGUUUUCGCCUCUCUUCAAAUCAAAUAAAGAAUUACCUUUGCCAAUGUGGUUAUUUUAUGAUUGGACUACUGAAGCUAACUUUUAUAUUACGUUACUGCUACAAACUUUUGCGCAAGUAUUCAUGGUUUGCUGCUUCGCCAACAUUGAAAUGUUUAACAUUUGUUUUCAUAUUCUUAUGCAACAUCAAUUUGAAUUACUUGGAAAUGACUUUAAAUUUAUGAUUCCAAAUGUUCUUCACAAUUGCGGAAUGUCGAGGACGGAAGUAGAAGAAUACAUGGAAAAUCCCAACGAUUCAAAAUUGAUCCAAAUGGUGGACGAAAUAAGUAAUGAUACUGAGUUUAAAAGCGGUGUCCUGGAAAAUUUACACGUUUGCAUCGCUCAUCACCAGCGUUUGUUAGCUUACAGGGAUGAGUUUUAUGAAUUUAUAUCUCCACUUCUUAUCAUAGAACUUAAUUUUAUUUUUGCCUACAUGAUUUUUGUAUUGUUUACAAUUGUUACCACUGAUAACAAAGCGAUGUAUAUGGCAUUGGUGACCUACUUCUUUGCAAUUUUGACGCAGGUGUUCAUUAUUACUUUUUUUGGAGAACGACUGACAAAUAAGGCGGAGGAAUUACGAACAAUCUUGUUCAAAAUGCCUUGGUAUAUCUGUGACAGAAACUUUUUGCUUGACUUCAAAUUUUUGCAAAUGCGGGUGGCGAAGAACAACUACCUUCAAGCUGGGAAACUAAUGCCAAUAUCCUUGGAGGUUUGUAUGGAGUUUAUAAAGAAAGCAGCCUCAUUUUUUGCUGUCUUGCGCCAAGUGAAUGAGUGAUGCAGAAUAAUUAUACUUGUUCAGUUUAAUGUAUAAUGCUAGAAAAUAGAUAAUAGACAAUACUGGAUUUUGGUUUGAGCCAAAUUCCGAUUGUGCGAGGUGACUACAUCUAAACCAAGUUUUGUCUGGUUUUGCUUUGUUUUGACCAACGUAGAGUAUCCUAUGCAUUCAUCAAUCACUCUGUAGUGUUUCCCUUUAUUUUGUUUAUCAAUUCUAUUCCAGUGCAACUAAGUUCAUACCUCUAAG